GGAAUCCAUUCUGGGUAACUCUGCCAGGUAAGUGUUCUUUGCUCAUCUUCACGUGUUUAAGGAUUUUGGGGGGUACAGUUGUUUCAUGAACUCCUUCCUCCUUCACUGGUUUUGAGCAACCGGCAAUGAAGCAGGACAUUUAAUGUCUUUAUUUUCAGACUGGAGACUGAAUGAAGUAGCCAUUAUUGAUCACUGAUUCGAGCUUGCUUUUUUCAUCCAUGGAUAGCUCUCAUGUUUUGCUGGACAGGUGUCCACCAGCAUGUCGAUGCUUUUGCCAGUGACCUUGGAGCAUGUGUUCACUAUCGCCGAUGCCGAGACCGUGGUCGCCUGUCUCUGCGUAUCAGGGCAUUGGAGCGAAAGCGCCAGGAGCCAGACUGUUUGGAAACAGCAGUGCAGGACACUAUGGGCUGACAAGGUGUAUGUGCCGAAGAAGUUCUCCGAGACCAAAGGCAGUUAUCUGGAAGCUUACUGGGGUUCCUUGAAGGAUUCGAGACGCAGCUAUAUCACGCCGGAGGAGCUUUGCCGCUUUGAAUGGUCGUGUCGGAUGAAGAGCUGCGCAGGGUCAGAUUGGACUCAGCAAGACCCUUGGUGGCAAAAAGAAGAGGCGACCCGGAGGCGCUUCUUCAUGGAUGGCAGUACCACCUCAGAGCGGGGUGAUGGCACAUGGCGCUUUGUGCCAGACAGCUGUGGAAGGACAGGGCCAAAGGGCUCUUUCAUACGCCUCUCCCUGAAUUUUCAUGAGUUUCCGUCCCACAUGGUGUCGCGCUGGCCGAAGAACUGGGGCUUUCUCCUGCAGAAUUGUUGGGGUUUCAGCGCGAGUUUUCCUUUGCCACCGAGAAAUGCAGAACCUGAGUUGGAGGAUGCGGGGGAGAUUUGCCGCUCCGUCACUCCGUUGACGUGCCGAGAAGAGGCCGAGGACUACAACUAUGGUUUCCUACUGCCUUAUUCCUUGAUGCGUGAUGAGCUCGAUCCAUCCCCCAGGGCGUUGCUGGACAUGUACGCAGAAAUGGAAGCCGGGCGCCGGCGCGCGGAACAGCGGCAGGCCAUGCAAUACUACGCGCAUCCUCCACAGGUGUUGGCAAUGCCUCAGCCACCCUCUGUGCAGGCUCCGCCCCGUCGAGUCCAGGUCGUCACUCGAGUUCCACAGGUGACCUAUGUACAACCCAGGCUGCUUCCAGGAACCGUCGCGCCUCGCGGAAGCGUCGCACCUGUUUGGGUGCCUGCGAUCCCGACGCCGAUGCAGGUCAGCCGGCACUGAGGAGCGAUUGGUUGAGUCGGGAUGUUUCAGUUCAGAGACACCCCAGAAGUGGGUGGAUGAGGCCUAAAGUGGCCUUUGAAAGCUCGAAGAGUCGAAUUCGCUGUGACAGGUGUUUCCAAGGAGCAAGAAGCUAC